AUGUCACAUUUUACUAUGUCACUAUCUUAUGUGUUACCAGCCUGCAGUUUCGGGGAUUAUUUCCAUCCUAGUUCUGAUUUUGCAGCAUUCAGAGAACGCGUGUUUCCAUUUGUGCUACUUUCACGUUCGGUGAGUAUGGAUGACCUUACAAACAUGUUCAAUAACUCACUUCAUCAAUUAAGCAAUGAAGACAUGGAGUUUAAAAGUGUUGAUAAGAUUGAGGAGCAUUUGAACCCAAAUUCGGCAAGAAUCGGCAGUGGACACCCAAUACUCUACAGGGAUUUGUCUAUGUAUUUAAGAUUUGGAUAUUUGAGACAUUUCCCAACAGUAGUAUUGUUGGUUCCCCUAUAUCGGGUGUUAUCCCCUCGAGCGGUUGCAUACCCUAGGAUGAGGCGUUAGCAUGCACCUGAUUAUGAAUGUAUUCUCGAUGUUAUUAAUUUGUUGCAGCCUACUAUGCAGGAGCGUGCUGCUAGGUGGUGAAUUAAGAAUGUCUAGUUGAUAGAUGCUGCAUAUUACGCUAAUGUUUGAGUUAUGGGUUUCUUUAUUAAUGUUUUAAAACAAUUGUCUUUUGAAGAUGUAAG